UUCACAAAGUGUACAGGAAACGGUCAUAUUGCUGUCUCGGCAUAUUCAGUCAGUCGGUUAUCGAGGGUCAAGCUGUCGAGUGUAAGCGAGCGGAAUAAGUAUGAGCGAAUCGUCUAAAAAUAGCUCUUCCUCGAUUAUAAAAAAACGCAAAAUCAGUAAAAAUAAUGCGGAAGAUUCAGCUGCGCCCUCUUCAAGCUCCCAAAGUGUUUCAUCCAAUAUUUUAGUCCUGAACAACGAUUGCUUAGAAAGAAUAUUCUCACUUCUGAGCUUAAAAGAUCAGUUGAAUUUUUCACGUUCCAAUCACGAAAUAGAAUGCAUGUUCAGGAACUACGCACAACGGAAGUACAAACACAUCACUAAAGACAUCCCCGACAGCCUUAAGGAAUCUGAUCUGGAAUAUCUAGUGGAACAAGUCAACGAGCAUUUAAUCAGCUUUGAGUCAUAUCGGUAUUCCUCCUUCAUACCCGAGAAGCUGUUGCGGUUACUAGGAAAGCACUGCCCUAUGCUGCGGCGCCUCACGAUGGCUUUCACGCAAGACCGAUGGGAGGACUUGAACCAAUUGAAGAAUUUAAACACUCUUCAUGCCUUUUUCGAGUUUAGUAGCAAUGAUGUCUACGAGAAGUUCUUCUUAAAUCUAUCAAAGAGUCUCCCGUGCCUCAGGAAACUAGUCUUGGAAGCUCCCCGCUACAAUGGGAAAGGACUCCACGUUCUAGAGAAACUACAGCAUCUAGAGAUAGAUGACUUUUCCCAAAUAAAUGACAAAUACCUGAUCGAUUGCUGCAAGAAGAUGAAAAAUCUGAAAUUUCUUAAAAUUGGAUUGGUGGCCGAAAACAUGAGCAACAAAACCUUCCCCGCGAUUGUCGCGAACUGCCGGAACUUGGAAUCGCUUGCGUUCAUCGACAACGAACUUCUCGAUAAUGAGGCAUACGAAAGGGUUUGUGAGCUCCCCCGCCUGAAGCACAUAAUGAUAGCCGGUCCGCGUCUUCGAAGACCGGGUAUCAUCAAGGGACUUGUACGUAAGACUGGCACACCUCUAGAGAGCCUUAUUCUGUUGGAUUCGAAUCUGUGUAAGGAGCAGAUAGAGCAGAUCUGUUAUAUUACUUCCCUAAAGGAACUCUGGGUAGGCAGCGAAGACGAUGAUUUCAGUGUGGAAGGUUUCAUGAAGCUAAAAUUUCUUGAACACCUACAUCUGGGUAUGGAAGGCAUUACUAAUAAGGACUUGUUGGAACUGCUUCUCGGAUGCCCACGCCUACGGGUCUUGAAUGUGUUAGAUCUUUGCCCAAAUAUUAAUUCCGAUUUACUUUCUUUACUAAAUCGUUCUUCGAAGAAGCUUAAGGAAACCAAUCGUGGCGAAAUUUUAAUAUAUUUACAUGACUCUUCUGUGGAUUGGGAAGGAAACUUCAGCUUUAAACUCGACAACAUUCAAAUCAUAAAAGGCUCUCUACAUGAAGAUCCUAUUUUAUUGCAAAAGGAGUUCCAUAUUCCAUUAAAAUUAUUCAGACAUUAUAGCUUUUAAAAUCAAUCAGGAUUAGUUCAUUCAUACCUGCAGCCAGCCCAACUCACAAUGAAAUAUUUAAAAAGUAUAAACAAACAUUUAAUUACGCAUUAAACUCAUGGGUUUUUUUUAUGCCAAGACCUUAGAAACCCCCCAGACACUACCCAAAAGCAAGACACAAGCUCUUGGCAUAGAAAAUUCAAUUCAAUUCAAGGGACCGGGACCGGGACCAGGCCAUGGCAGAAACGGAAACUUGAAAGACCAACUGCCGGCCGAGGAUGCAGGAUGAGGAGCCGGAGACCCUUGGAGAAAAGCAACAACCCAGAAACUAUAGCCCAACACUUUUCAAAAAUUAAAUAUCUUAAAAAUAAUGUUAGAAAAAUGCGCCAAAUAAAUAAUUUUUGUA